AUGGCGCGAGAGGACAUGGAUAAAGCCGCAUAUUUUAAAGCACUGUCCUCACUAGAUGAGGACUCAGACGACGAGAGCCCCAUAGGCUCCAGUCGAGAUAGGCCUACUACUUCUCUUCCACCUCACCACAAUACAUCUCUACAUAAACGUCACGAACCGGUUCAUCCUAAACCAAACGCAGCUCCUCAGUUGGAACGAAGUCUAUCAGCACCAACUCUGAAGUCACCAUCCCCAGGCCACCUCAUCAAAGAGACUCCAUUAGUAUCAAUCAAGAAUCGGCUACGGCAGGGCCGCACUGGUACCCCGCUGUCAAGCAAAGUCUCUUUUGUCGCAGAAACGCCUACAUCCCCAAAGCCUAUCCAAAGCGGUGGCGCUCGGCCUCUGAGAAAAACAUCAGCCCCAACCCCUACUACCCUCAACCGCAGCGCUCAGUUCUCAUCCUUUUCCUCGACAGCCCUCGGAAAGCGAAAGCGCAAAGAGCCGAGCAUAAAGCUUGUUCCGGAACAGCAUCGCAUCUUCAAGGACUUGGUAUUCUUUUACGUCCCUCCUGAUGACAUCGCCCCAGUGCGCAGGGCACGGAUCGUGAAGGCCAGGGAAUAUGGCGCUACCUGGGCUACAGAAUGGACCGAGACUGUUACGCAUAUCAUCGCUGAUAAGCACCUUUCAUAUGCGGAUAUCACCUCGUUCCUCAAAACCUCAUCCAUUCCGGACCACAUCAUACUCGUCAAUGAACUAUACCCGUUGGACUGCAUACAGUUCAAGGCUAUUUUGAACCCGAAUCAGAAACAGUAUUUACUGAAGGGAUAUGAGUCAACGACAAAAGAUUCUGCGGCGGGAACUUCGGCACAGCCACCCUCUUCGCCGGUCUCUCAUCAGUCUCUGGAACUCAAAACUGUGAGGCCAAAGCCGAGAAGAUGGAGCUAUGUACCUCCGAAAGCUACACCGGACAGAAGCCAGAAUGGAGGGGAUAGACAAUCCGUACCACCUACAGCGGGAGAAACUGAUGAUAUGGCGAAGAGCCCAGAGCACGCAGAGGCAGCCGUCUAUGGAACGAUUGGCGAUGAAGACACAACAGAAGCUCCAAGUGCAGGACCUGUUGUCGAGUCCCCACAAAGUGUGGAAGAGAGUACUAGGGCAGAUGAUGACCUUGAUGAGAUUAUCAAAGGCGCUCUCAAAGUGCAGCAUCUACCCUUGGAUGAUGAUGAGGACCAGUCCCCGACAGGCUCGCCCCGUCACGGGGGCGACAGCUCUGAUGACAACGGAUCACCGAAAACCAAACGAAAGCAUAUUACUCGGAGGUCCAACUUCAACCAAGAAGGCUUUAGCUGCAUGAAAGGUGGCACCUUAGAUGCCACUUCCUCGAAUCCUAACGCGCGAACCAUAUCCAUUCUCCAAGAAAUGGCCGCCUACUAUACACGGAUGGAUGAUACGUGGCGCCCAAUAGGAUAUAGGAAGGCUAUAACGACUCUCAAGAAGCAAAAUAAGCUCAUCUCAACCGCAGGAGAAGCUGUCAAGUUACCAGCGAUAGGACAGCGGAUUGCGGAUAAGAUCGAGGAGAUCGUCCACACGGACAAGCUUCGACGUCUGGACAAUACCAAGUCAGAUCGCAACGACAUGAUACUCCAGCUCUUCCUCGGAAUCUAUGGCGUCGGAAUAGCGCAAGCAACAACGUGGCUACAACAGGGCUACACCACCCUCGAGGAUCUCCUGGCCCACGCCAGCUUGACUGACAACCAACGGCUGGGCAUUGAUCAUUAUCAAGAUUUUCAGACUCGAAUACCGCGAGCAGAAGUCAGCGCCCUGGCUAAGAUCGUCGCGGAUACUGCGAGGGGUAUUGAUAGAGGUAUCGAGGCCAUCGUCGCAGGUAGCUAUCGCCGUGGCGCGGAGAGCUGCGGAGACAUCGACGUCCUCCUGACUAAGUCAGGCACCUCGGCCUGCUCUGAGCUGACGCCCCUUCUCUAUAAGCUCGUGUCGCAACUUCGGGCCUCGGGGAUGCUUGUGGCGCCUCUCUCUGUCGGACGGACAGAAUCCAGCUCGAAGUGGCAUGGCUGUUGCGUCUUGCCGGGGCAGGGGCCGCCGAUUUGGCGGCGGAUUGACUUCCAUCUUGCGCCGGCGUCGGAGCUCGGGGCUGCGUUGUUGUACUUUACGGGGAAUGACAUCUUUAAUAGGAGUAUUCGGCUUUUGGCUUCGAAGCGUGGUAUGAGAUUGAACCAGAGGGGGUUGUAUAAAGAUGUAAUGAGAGGGCCUGGGAGGGUGAAGCUUAAUGAAGGAGAACUAGUGGAGGGGGCGGAUGAGAAGAAGAUAUUCGCCGAGCUUGGAGUACCGUGGAGACCGCCCGAGGAGCGAGUUUGCUGA